UCUAAGAUUGUUGCAUAGGUACACAUAUGGCAGUGUGGUUUGCUGCCUUCCUCCCCAUCACCUAUAUACCUAUAUCUGGCAUUUCUCCCCGUUAUCCUCCCCAACUCCCUGCCCCCUGUUGUCCCUUCCCUAUUCCUCCCCCCACAGGCCCCAGUGUGUGAUACUCCCCUCCCUGUGUCCAUGUGUUCUCAUUGUUCAACACUCGCCUAUGAAAGGUUUUAUUUCAUUUCUUCUUGUCAUUAGGAGUUUUAUACAAUUCAACAAGUUGAAGUUGAAGUGGAAAAAUGAAAUGGAUAUUGACAGGAAGUUAUUUAUUUAUUUUUAAGUAGUGAGGGGAUCUCACUAUGUUGUCCAGGCUGGCCUUGAACUCCUGGGCUCAAGCAAUCCUCUCACCUUGGCCUCCCAAAGUGCUAGGAUUACAGGCAUGAGCCAUGGCACCAAUCCAAGAAAGUUAUUUGACCUUCUUGGUUGGCUAAAUGAUGACUAAUGAUUGUGGCAGAUUCUAUGUGAUAAUUUUAGGUAUUGGUCAAACUAUUUCAUUUUUUCAUAUGAAAGAAAACUACAUUUCCCAGUCCUCCCUUGCAUAAAGCACCUCUCAUAGUCUCUCAGGCUGGCCUUCUCUUUAUCUGCACGGCUGAAAAUAAAGUUUCCAAGAUGGCAGACACACAGGAUGGGAGAAGCUCUGAUCCCUGAAUUUGCUGCUUAAAGAAGAGGUGCUCUGGGCCAGGUGUGGUGGCUCACACCUGUAAUCGCAGCACUUUGGGAGGCCAAGGCGGGCAGAUCAGGAGUUUGAGACCAGCCUGACCAACAUGGUGAAACCACAUCUCUAAAAAAAAUAAAUAAAUAAAAAAUAAAUAAGCUCUCCUCCCACCACCUAAGAUGCCUAAAGGAAAGGAGGCUAAGGGGAAGAAGGUGGCUCUGGCCCCUGCUGUCGUGAAGAAGCAGGAGGUUAAGAAAAUGAAUUCCCUGUUUGAGAAAAGGCCUAAGAAUUCAGGCAUUGGACAGGACAUCCAGCUCAAAAGAGACCUCACCAGCUUUGUGAAAUGGCCCUGCUGUAUCAGGUUGCAGCGGCAGAGAGCCACCCUCUAUAAGGAGCUGAAAGUGCCUCCUGCAAUUAACCAGUUCACCCAGGCCCUGGAACGCCAAACAGCUACUCAGCUGCUUACUGCCCACAAGUACAGACCAGAGACAAAGCAAGAGAAGAAGCAGAGGCUGUUGGCCCAGGCCGAGAAGAAAGCGGCUGGCAAAGGGGACGUCCUUACUAAGAGACCACCUGUCCUUCAAGCAGGAGUUAACACUGUCACCACCUUGGUGGAGAACAAGAAAGCUGAGCUGGUGGUGACUGCACACGACAUGGAUCCCAUCGAGCUGGCUGUCUUCUUGCCUGCCCUGUGUUGUAAAAUGGGAGUCCCUUACUGCAUUAUCAAGGGGAAAGCAAGACUGGGACGUCUAGUCCACAGGAAGACCUGUACCACUGUCACCUUCACACAGUUUAACUCGGAAGACAAAGGUGCUUUGGCUAAGCUGAUGGAAGCUAUCAGGACCAAUUAUGACAGAUGCGAUGAGAUCCAUCGUCACUGGGGAGGCAAUGUCCUGGGUCCCAAGUCUGUGACUCGCACUGUUAAGCUCGAAAAGGCACAGGCUAAAGAACUUGCCACGAAACUGGGUUAAAUGUACACUGUUGAGUUUUCUGCACAUAAAAAUAAUUAAAACAGUACAAAUUUUCCUUCACAUAAAUAAGAUUUGCUCUGGUGAACCCUCUGACCAGGAAUAUCAGCAUAAAUGAGAACCAAACCUUCAUAGCAUUAAGCCACUGAGCAUUCAGGGUUGGGUUGCUACCCCAGCCUAGUUUAUCCUGUCUGUAUGCCAUGCUGUGUCUUCCUUACUCUUCACUGUCAUGGAGAACCACAUCCACCUGGGGAGGAACGCCAUGUGAGAUAUACAGAGAGGCAGGUGAGUGACUGCCGAAUGAGGCAGUCAUUCAUACUGUGGUGCAUCUGAGGCACUACCAGAGGGCAUCUCCACACUUGGAGAUGGACUCACUAAGACAUCAGCCAAUAAAGUCCACGUUUAGUAGAUUCCACUGCCAUCUGUUAAAAUAACCUCAGUGACCCAAGAGCUCUUGUCAUGAAACCAUAUGUCUCCGUCACACCCCUGUGCCGAAUCUGCUCAUUAUGACUGAAUGAAUGGCAAUGUAUUGUUCAUUGUGCAACAAUCUGCUGGGAGUGUGGCAGCAUAGGAACCAUUGCUGUGCACAGCACCAAAGAAGAGAGAAAAAGAAAACAAAAGCAAAAAGCAAAAUCGAAACCCAGAUUGUCAGCAAGAGGAAAUAUGCUGAAAGGGAAAAGCAAACUGUUUGACAGCAUUAGUGCAAGAGCAGAGGGCCCUGCGGCCACGAUGUAGACACACUGUGUUCUCAUGGGCGCAGAGCCACAGGAAUCGCGUGGGACUGAAUGGCAGCCACCUUAUUUUAAUCAAUUUAAUUAAUUAAUUAAUUAGGAACAGAGUCUCACUCUUGCUGCCCAGGCUGGAGCACAAUGUCAUGAUCUUGGCUUACCACAACCUUCCCCUCCUGGGUUCAAGCGAUUCUUCUGCCUCAGCUUCCUGAGUAGCUGGGAUUACAGGUACCCACCACCACACCCCGCUAAUUUUUGUAUUUUUAGUAGAGACAGGGUUUUGCUAUGUUCACCAGGCUAGUUUUGAACCCCUGACCUCAGGUGAUCCCCCCACUUCGGCCUCCCAAAGUGCUAGGAUUGUGGUGUGAGCCACCACGCCCAGCCUUUUAAAUCUAUUUUUAAAAUAAAUAUAUUUCUUACAGCUCUGGAGGUUUGAAAAUCCAGAGUUGUUGGGCCAAAUAUGGUGAGGGCCUCUACCGCAGCAUAACAUGGCAGAGGGCAUCACAGGGCAAGAGGCCAUUUUCUUGACUGAGAGUUUGAUUUAGUCUAGAAUCUGACCCCAUCUUGACAUAAAUAUCACUGGCUCAGAUAAAUAUUAAGUGCAACAGUUUAUUUUAGCUAUUUAUUUUGUUUAUUGAGAGGGGUUUCAUCAUUGCCCAUGCUGGUCUUGAACUCCUGGACUCAAGCGAUCCUCCCACUUUGGCCUCCCAAAGUGCUGGGAUCAUAGGCUUGAACCACUGCAUCAGCUAGUGAUCUAAUUUAAUAAAGACAUCAAAAUCUAAAGUCAGAUUCUUACUUAGAUUUGGUGUUUCAGACUUCAAAGAGAUGAGAUGUCUCCAGAUAAAAACUACUAGGAGGCUCAUGCCUGUAAUCCCGCACUUUGAGAGACCGACAUGGACGAAUUGCUUGACCUCAGGAGUUUAAGACCAGGCUGGGCAACAGAGCGAAACCCUGUCUCUACCAAAAAAAAAAACACACACACACACAAAAAACCACACACAAAAAAUAGCUGGGCAUGAUGGCGCAUGGCUCUAGUCUCAGCUACUUGGGAGGCUGAGGUGGGAGGAUUACUUGAAUCUGGGAGGCAGAGGCUGCAGUGAGCUAUGAUGGUGCCACUGUACCCCAGCCUGGGUGAGAAAGUCCCUAUCUCAAAAAACCAAAACAAAACGAAAAAACGACUGGAGCCAUGUCAGAACUGAAAGAGUUCUGCAGGCCCUUCAGAGAAAGGAGAAGUGAGACUCAAUUAACCUCAAGACAACAUUUAAAAGCAU